AGACACAGUGUGUGUGUGUAUGGGGUGUAUGUAAUGGACAACUUGCCUGUUGAAGGCAACUAACGCUGGAAGCAAGAUCUCUGAUAACCUGUCCCUGCGUUUUUUUAAAAAUGACUUCCAGAAUGUCUGGAGCUUAAUGGAAACAUUUGAUUAAAGUUGAAACAUUUAAAAAAAAAAAGAAGAAAAACAAAUCCUCGUCAAGAAGCGGAAUGGAUCUGAGAGCUAAGCAUGGUCUGAUGCUGUUGGAACAGCUGAAUCGCAUGCGUGAAGCUGAGCAGUUAACAGAUGUGGUACUAGUUGCAGAAGGCAUCAGCUUUCCAUGUCACCGGUCAGUUCUUGCUGCGUUCAGCCCUUAUUUCCGGGUCAUGUUUACGUGUGGCCUGCGUGAGAGUACAAACCGCCAGGUGGUACUGAGAGACAUGCCAGCUCACAGCUUAGCCCUCUUGCUGGAAUACAUGUACAGCUCCAAGCUUCCACUUUCCCCUGACAAUGUGCAGGGGAUCUCAGUCGCCGCAUUCCUCUUGCAGAUGGAUGACGUCUUUAGCCGCUGCCAAACCUAUAUGACGGGCAACAUGGAUGCCUCCAACUGCCUGGGGAUCUAUUACUAUGCUCGGGAUUUGGGGGCUGAAGAAUUAGCAGACCAGGCUCAGCGUUUCCUCCGCCAGCAUUUCACAGAGGUGUGUCUGAGUGAGGAAGUGCUGGAGCUGGAAGCCUAUCAAGUUGGGGCAUUGCUAGUUUCAGAUGACCUUAACGUCACCCGAGAGGAAACCAUUCUUGACCUAGUGUUGCGAUGGGUGAAACAUUGUUCAGUUGGUGUGAGUCUGGGGGAAGAAAAUCGCGUCAGUCAGCUACCAGAACUCUUACAGAAGGUACGCCUUCCACUGGUGAGCGUCAGCUACCUGAAGGAGACACUGUGCCGCAACACAGCACUGCUGGCGAAUGCAGAAUGUCUACAGAUGAUGGAGGAUGCAAUUGAAGCGGCAGGUCUGGAUCCAAAGGCUCCAGCCCGACGACUGAAGCUACGUUAUGGCAUGGAAACAACUGAUCUACUGCUAUGCAUUGGCAAUGAUACUGGAGGAAUACGCUCACGCUACGGAAGCUAUUCAGACCGCAGCUUCUGUUAUUCUCCCACCACUGGGCGCACGCUUUUUAUCACUUCCCCUCGAUACGGUGAUGCCCUUGGAUAUGUAUGUGCUGGGGUUGUCACUGAACGCAAUGACAUUAUUGUUGCUGGAGAGUCAGGGCCACGAAGGUUGGCAAGACAAAAGGAGAAGAAUGUGGAGAUUUUCAAAUAUAAUGAGGAAGCUCAGGGUGGUUGGAAGCACCUGAGUUCUGCAGAGUACCGUGACUCAUAUGCCCUGAGUUCCCUGGGUGAUAACCUGUACCUCAUAGGGGGUCAGAUGAUGCUGAAGAAUCAGUACCUCAUCACCAACAGUGUUGCGCGCUGGUCUUUACAGGGUGGCCCUUGGCGCAGUGCUGCUCCUUUACCAAUGCCCUUGGCCUAUCACAGUGUAGUCCGGAUGAAAAACUGCCUUUAUGUGCUCGGGGGGAGGACACCACAGACAUAUCAUGCGGAUGAGGAGCCUGACCGUAUGAGUAACCGCCUACUUGUGUAUGAUCCAGAGAACAACAAGUGGAAUGAGCUCAGUCCGAUGAAAUAUUCCAAAUAUCGCUGCAGUGCAGUAGCCCUCAAUGGGGAGAUUUAUGUUAUAGGUGGUAUUGGGUGUGAGGGUGUAGAUCGUGGGCAGUCACGCUGCUGUCUUGAUGCAGUAGAAAUCUACAACACCGAUAGUGAUUUCUGGAGGGAUGGCCCUCCCUUACCCUGGCCACUUUUGUCACUGCGAAACAAUGCACCAAAUGCUGGGGUAGUGGACGGAAAACUAUACGUUUGUGGAUACUAUAAAGGAGCAGACCGUCAUGACAUCAUCACCAAGGAUAUCCUGCAAUUGGAUCCGUGGGAGAAUGAAUGGACUGUGGUGGUUAAACAGGCUGUGAUGCACGACAGUUAUGAUGUCUGUCUGGUGGCGAACCUUAACCCACGAAGACUCAUGCCCCCUCCAGCUGACUUGGUGGAUGAAUAACAAAAACUAUUCAUAACUGUGCUACCAAACCAGGUGAUGUCUGAACAGUGUUGUCAAUCAUUCGGACAAGGCCGGGAUGAGUGCCAGUGGAGUGAGCAGUCAUCAUUUUGCCAAGCAGAGACAGAAUCUCUCCAAGCAGACUCUGCUCCUUGUUUUGUUCUAGUUUCAGUGAUUCCAAAUCCUGCUGGAGGCUGAGCACAAGUGAGCUCAAAUCUUUUAGAGCUAAUGAUGUCUGGGCCAUGAGGAAAACAAACAAGCCUCAGUCAAACUGUACUGACAUAAAAACAAACUAAUCUGAUUGGUAUUUCAUAUGUGCUUUAUAUUCCAUUUACACCACUGCACUGUUGAAUUCUCAAAUCUGUUGAUUGUCAUAAUUAACAGCUAUGACAAUAGUGUUGGCUGUAAUUCAAACCCUAAGCAUAUAUUAAUGUGCUUUCUAAUAUCUUCUUUUUUCUAUAAUAGCAGCUCAGUCACAAGGACUUGCAUAGCAGAUGCACUACAAGUCUCAUAAUAAACAAGGAAAAGCAUUGUUAUUUAACAAAU